UUGUUCUUACAACAAUUGCAGCAUGCUUGUUAGUAGCGGCAAUAGCCAAAGACACAGACAAAUCUCAUGUCCACCAAGAAUGGCUUACCGGACACUGCCAUCUAUGGCUGCUUCAUCGUCAUCUUCAUCUUCCAAAAAACACGAUGUUUUUAUCAGUUUUAGAGGCGAGGACACACGCAACAACUUCACAAGCCAUCUUUGUGCUGCUCUUAACCAAAGCAAGAUACAAGUCUUCAUAGACAACAGAAUUUCCAAGGGAGAUGAGAACUCUUCCUCAAUCUUCAAAGCCAUAAGCGAUUCCAAUGUGUCCGUGGUUGUUCUGUCAAAGGACUACGCUUCCUCGACGUGGUGCAUGCGUGAACUCACCAAAAUACUCGAGCAAAAGAGACAUGGUAAGGGCCACAUUGUGGUACCUGUGUUCUAUAAGAUUGACUCUUCACAUGUUAGGAAGCAGAUUGGCACUUACAAGAAAGCAUUUGAGAAACAUGAGAGAGAUGUCAAACACAACAUUCUGCUGAAAUGGAAAGCUGCUCUCACUGAAGUAGCCAAUUUAGUUGGGUGGGAUUCACAGAAUUACAGGAUCGAAUCUGAACUCGUUGAGGAAGUUGUCAAAGAUGUUAUGCAAAAACUGAAUUGCAUAUAUCCCCCUGAAGUGAAAGAUCUUGUUGGAAUUGACCAAAAUCUUGCUCCCAUUAAAUCCUUGUUGAGAAUCAGGUCAAGAGAAGUUCGAAUAAUAGGAAUUUGGGGCAUGGGCGGAAUAGGUAAAACAACCAUUGCCAAAGCCUUGUUUUCCAAACUAUCUUCUCAAUAUGAAGGUAGCUGCUUCUUGGAGAAUGUAAGGGAAGAAUCAGAACAGCAUUUGCUGAAUAAACUUCUUUCUGAGGUACUAGAGGAUGCAAAUCACUAUUUCGGCACACCUAUAGCAAGAUCCACCUUUGUUAUGAGGAGGCUUAGCCGAAAAAAGGUGUUAAUAGUGCUUGAUGAUGUUGACAAUCUGAAGAAGCUCGAAGAUCUUGCUGCAAAACAUAAUUUCUUGGGACCAGGCAGUAGAGUCAUUGUCACGACUAGAGAUAAGCAUGUCCUUAGCAAAGGGGUCGAUGAAAUAUACGAGGUCAAAGGAUUGCCCCUUCAUCAUGCUAUUCAGCUUUUUAGUUUAAAUGCCUUUGACAAAAGCUAUCCUGAAUCAGGUUUUGUGAUGCUAUCUAAAAUGGUGGUUGAUUAUGCAAAUGGCAAUCCAUUGGCUUUAAAAGUUUUAGGCUCAUUCCUUCAUUCUAGAAAUCUGCAACAAUGGAACAGUGCUCUGAGAAAACUCACAAAAUUUCCAAAUACAGAGAUUCAGAAUGUGUUGAGGUGGAGUUAUGAUGGAUUAGAUGAUGAUGAACAGAAGAAUAUGUUUCUGGACAUUGCAUGCUUUUUCCAAGGAGAGAAGAAAGAAACUGUUACACGGCUACUUGAUAUUUGUGGUUUCUAUGCAGAUAUUGGGAUAAGAAUCCUGCAGGACAAAGCUCUAAUAACAUUUUCAGAUGCAAAUGAAUUACACAUGCAUGAUUUGACACAAGAAAUGGGUUUGGAAAUUGUUCGUCAGGAAUCAACCAAAGACCCUGGAAGGCGCAGCCGGUUGUGGGAUCCCGAGGAAAUCUAUGAUGUACUGAAAAAUGAUAGGGGAAGUGAUGCAGUUGAAGGCAUAAUGUUAGAUGUGUCUCAAAUAAGAGUCUUGAACUUGAGCUAUGAGAGCUUCUCAAGGAUGACCAGUCUAAGAUUCAUCAAAUUCUAUAUGGGUAGGGGUAGGACAUGCAAUCUGUUCCUUCUUUCAGGUCUUGAAUCAUUGUCUAGUAAAUUGAGGUACCUCCAAUGGGAUGGAUACCCUUCCAAGUCUUUGCCAUCGACCUUUUCUCCGGACAACCUUGUUGUGCUUUCCAUGAUGGGAAGCCAUGUUGAAAAACUAUGGGAUGGAGUUAAGAGUCUUCCAAGCUUGAAAGAGAUCAACCUUCGCGCCUGCAGCAAUUUAACCAAUCUCCCCGACUUAUCUCUAGCGCCAAAUCUUGAAAGGGUAGAUCUUUCUCUUUGUACAAGUCUGCUUUGUGUUCCCACAUCUAUCAAGUAUACCAACAAACUUCUUUUGUUUAACCUGGAAUCCUGCAAAAAUCUGAAGAGUCUUCCAAGAAACAUUCACUUAUUUUCUCUUCAAAUGUUCAUUCUCAAAGGCUGUUCAAGUCUUGAUGAGUUUUCAUUGACUUCAGAGAACAUGACACGCCUGGACUUAAGAGGGACGGAUAUUGAACAUUUUCCAGAAUCACUUUGGCAACUUCUUAACCAGCUGGUUUACUUGAAUCUGGAAUCCUGUGCUAAGCUUAAGAGUCUCACAAGCAACAUUCACUUGGUAUCUCUACAAAGGCUCAAUCUUAGAGAUUGUUCAAGCCUUGAAGUUUUCUCUGUGACUUCGGAGAACAUGGAAUACCUGAAUUUGGGAGGAACAUCAAUCAAAGGAUUGCCAACAUCAAUUUGGCGAAACAAUAAGCUUUUUACUUUGGUUCUUCAUUCCUGUAAAAGACUUGUGAAUUUUCCAGACAAGCCGAAACUUGGUGAAUUGUCUCUUACUUUCAAUGAGCAAAACUCUUUUGAAGGUCCAACUGUGGAUGAACCAUGGAAUUUGUCAUCCUUAUCAGAUUUAUCACUGAAAGGAAGCGGUAUUGUGAACUUACCUGCAAGCAUCAAAGAUCUUCCAAGACUGAAAAAACUUACCUUGAUGGAUUGCAAGAAGCUUCGGUCUCUACCAAGCCUUCCAUCAUCUUUGGAAGACUUAUCCCUUGAUGAAAGAAAUAUUGAUUUUUUACCUGUAAAUAUCAAAGAUCUUUCUCAUUUGAAAAAGCUUACCAUAAUUAACAAGAAGAGGCAGUUUUCUCCACCGGAGCUUCCACCAUCCUUGAAAGAUAUAUUCCUAAAUGAAAGUAAAGUUGAUUCCUUGCUUCUGAGCAUGAAAGAUCUUUCUCAUCCACAAAAGUUUCCUCUGAUAAAGUGUAACUGGCUUCAUCCUCUACUUGAGUUUCCGCCAUGUUUGGAAGAUUUAUCAAUAAAUGAAAGCAAUAUUGAGUGCCUGCCAGUUAGCAUAAAAGAUCUUUCUCACCUGAGAAAACUAUCCUUAAUAGAGUGCCAGAGGCUUCGGUACUUGCCAGAGCUUCCCCGAUCUUUAGAACAUCUGUCUGUAAAUGGCUGUAACAUUGAGAGCUUGCCAAGGAACAUCAAAGAUCUUUCUCAUUUGCAAACCAUUACCUUAGUCGAUUGCAAGAGGCUCCGGUCUGUACCAGAACUUCCACCAUGCCUGCAAUCUUUUUGUGCAGCAGAUUGCAGAUCACUUGAGAUUGUUCCAAGUUCAAAGACUAUCUUGAUGGAAGAGAGGAUUGCCUUUUAUUACAAUUGCAUAAACUUGGAUCAGAAUUCGCGCAACAACAUCAUUGCAGAUGCCCCCUUCGAGGCAGCUUUUGCUUCCUUGAAAGAAAGAACACCUCUUGGUCCUCUGAUAUCCAUAUGUCUGCCAGGAAUUGAAAUCCCAGACUGGUUCAGCUACCAAACACCGAAUUCUGCAUUGAACAUAGAAAUUCCUCAACGGUGGUUCAUUGAUUCGAAGUUCUUAGGCUUUGCUCUAUGCCUUGUAAUUGGUGGUUCUCAUCAAAACAGCAACGAAGGCUAUGAUCCAGAUAUUAAUUGUUAUCACUUUGUAAAGCCUGCUGGCAACUCUGAUCCCAAUGAUCGCUUUCUUGGACAUUGCACAACUAUAAUGCAGGUGCCGUGGGGUUUCAAUUCAGAUCAUAUAUUCAUAUGCUACUAUCCAGCUUUCAAUGUUCCCAUCAUGCAAGAUUUCAAGGACUUAGCCAAGUACUAUGAUGCAAACAGCCUGAAUCUCAGAGUCAUUUUUAAAUUUAAGGGUCCAUCUCAAAGGUUGGACCUUGUGAAGAAGUGUGGAGUCAGACCACUAUUGAUUGCUAAUACUAAAAGGUUUCACAUUGAGACUUGAAAGUAAACUACAACCUGAAGGAAAAAGGCAAUCAGAAAGUGAAACUGGGAAUUUUGAUGAGAGAACCAAUGUGGGAUUGGUUGAGAUUUCUUGCUGGAGACCCUCUUCAUGGGACCUCCAUCGGAUCAGAGCAUUUAGUUGGGUUCCAACUUCCAAGUAGUAGGGCCCGGAUGUCGGUGGUUCAAUGGGGACAGAAAAAGAAAGAGACUAAGAGAAAGUAGCACAACCUGAGGCAACAGAAGGAAAUUCUGUCCAGUGGUUGCUGAUCAAUACAGCUAUUCUUGAAGCCAAGAUCUGACUUCACAUGUUGAACGAAAAAGAAGCUAUACUAUGGGAGUUCCAAUUACAGAUAAAGCUGCAGAUGAGGCACACACUUCUGUUAAUCAAGCUUUUGGAGUAUAUUUAUUUAUUAUUUUCAUGCUUGUUGAUUCCUUCCCCUGGUAGAAAAAAGAUACAAAAAUUUGCAAACCCUCCAUGGAUUUCUUCUAAUUGACUCAAAUAAAUGCUAACCAUUUCUUCCCCCAAAUGGCAUUCUCUCCUCCUAUUUUCAAGGAAAGAGGCUAAGCCCCUUCUAAAUGUAAUCAAACUUGUCUCAACUCUCAACUACUGCAACUGCUAUUUCCUGUAGUAAAUCCUGAAUCCUCUUUAGGUUGAUAGUCUACCUCUACCGUUAAAAGAGUAAGGACAUUAUUAUGUGGCAAAAUUGAACUUAGAAUUUAGAAAUAUUAGAAGAUCAAAGCCAGUAAUAUAUAUA